UUUUUUCAAAGAAAGCAACCGAAUGUAACCAUAAAUUUUGAGGUUAAAUAAAAUAAGGAAAUACAACUUUGACACGUGAAAAUCAUAAUAAAUAAUUUAAAAAAUUUUCAAAACAUAAAAAAUAAAAGUAAAAUUAAUUAAUUGAAAAAAAAUGAAAGUAACAACAGACUAUAUAUCGUGUGGAUCAAAUUGUCAACCGCAUGCCGUGGACUGGUGUCCAAAUAACAACAUUAUUUGUUACGCGAGUUCAAAUUCAGUGAUAAUUUACGAUCCAGAUUAUUUAGAAACCGGCAGAGUGGUUCAGACACUUUUAAAACAUCAAAGUCAAGUGAAAAUAGUUGAAUGGAUUUCAAAUAAUGUUAAUAAAUCAUCUGAAAUUUUAUCAGCUUCAUUAGACGGCACCAUAAUUAUUUGGAGCCAGUCAGCCUCUAAAACCUAUGAACCAACAUCAAUUUUAACUUUGAAUGAUAAUUUAUCAACAGCACAUGCAGCUUACUGUCCUAAAUCAUCAUCAAACACUAAUCAGUCUUCAUCUGAUAAUAGUUUACUGAUAGCCGGAUCAUCAUUCCAAGAUAUUUUUAAGAUAUGGUAUCGAAAUUCUGAUUCUAUUGUCGAACAAAAUUUGAAUCUGAAUAAAAAAAUUCCAAAUGAAAUAAAAAUAACACAUUUACCAGGUGAUUCGCCGAUACCAGCAAUUAUUAUGUGUCUAGAUGACGCAACAAUUCAUAUUUAUACCUGGAAUAUUUACACCGAUAUGAGUUUAUCAGAAUUAAAUUUUAUCCAUACAAUUGAAUUGAGAGGCCAUCAAGAUUGGAUUCAGUGUCUUGACAUAGUUGACUAUAAUCGACAGUCAGCUUUAAUGGCAACUGGAUCACAAGAUGGUACGAUAAGACUCUGGAAAAUAUCAUCAAUUGCUCCAGAAGCUGUAGAUCACGAACAACGUUACCAAUUUAGUAUAAAUAACAAUAAUUUUGAUAUUUCUCUCGAAUCAGUACUCAAUGGACACGAUCACUGGGUAUACGGUGUUCACUGGUCCCCAAAAACUAACAACUUGGAAUCUAAACCUCUGCAAUUGCUGUCAAGCGGUCUAGACAAAACAAUUAUUAUUUGGGAACAAAGUCUCAGUGGCGUUUGGAUCGAAACUGUUAAAUUAGGAAAAGUUGGUGGCAACUCUAUAGGUUUUUAUGGCUGUAAAUUCAAUUCAGACGCUUCUUCAGUUUUAGCACAAGGUUAUCAGGGUACAUUUCAUCUCUGGAAAUAUAAUAAUAAUAUUAAAAAAUGGCGUCCUCGUCCCGGACCAAGUGGACACUUUGAUCAAGUAACUGAUUUGCAUUGGGAACCAAAUGGAAAGUGUUUAUUGACAACAAGUCUUGAUCAGACAACAAGAAUUCACGUUCCAUGGACUAUAAAAUUAUCAUCAGUAUCAUCACCAAAUUGGCAUGAAAUGGCACGUCCACAAAUACAUGGAUAUGAUAUAAAUUGUAUAACAAUAUUAAAUUCGACAAUGUUUUGUUCAGGUGCUGAUGAAAAAGUAAUACGUAUUUUUAAAGCUCCAACAUCAUUUAUUGAUGCAUUUAAUUGUAAUGAUUGGAGUAAAGCACUUAAAGUAACUGACAGUGCAUCAGUACCAGCAUUAGGAUUAACAAAUAAAACAACUGAUGAUAAACAACAGUAUCUAGAUGCUAUUGAUGAUAAUGAUAAUGAUGAUAAUAUCGAAAGACCGCCAACAGAAGAAGAAAUAAUACGAUAUACACUGUGGCCAGAGUUGGAGAAAUUAUAUGGACAUGGUUAUGAAUUAUUUGCAAUAUCAGGACGUAAUGACGGCAAAUUAAUAGCUACUGCAUGUAAAUCAACGUCUGCUGAAUAUUCAGCAAUUAUUUUAUGGAGUACUGAAACCUGGGCACAAAUAGACAAACUCAUGAGUCAUAGAUUGACAGUAACUCAACUUGAAUUUUCUCCAGAUGGAAAAUAUCUUUUAUCAGUAUCACGUGAUAGACGUUGGAGUCUUUUUUACACUGACUCUGGUGAUAAUUAUAAAUUGAUAGCGUGUUCUGCAGCUAAAUCACUGCAUACUAGAAUUAUUUGGUGUUGCAGUUGGAGCCAUGACUCUAAAUACUUUGCUACUGGUUCACGUGAUGGUAAAAUUGGACUUUGGAGUGUUGAUCAACUGAAAAAAAAUCCAGAUUCUAUGCCCGUUAGUUCAAUCGAGUUGCCAGAUGAUUCUGUAACAGCUCUUAACUUUUUAAAUAAAUUUAUUGAUAAUAGCUACAUUCUGGCUGUUGGAUUUGAUGAUGGUACCAUUGAAAUACGUAAAAUAACAAAAGAUAAAGCAAAUAUUGAAUGGAUUUGUUGUAAGAAACUUGAUAAUCAACAAGCACACCAUAAAACUGUUAAAAGAUUAUCAUUUAGACCAACUUUUAAAGACAAUUCUAUUGAAUUAGCUAGCUGUAGUGCUGAUAGAGCUGUUAAAAUUUAUACUUUUUAUAUUGCUGAUAAUUGUAACUAAAAGAAAUAAAAAAAUUUUUAAAAAUAAAAAAAAAUUACGUACUCGUGUUAA